AUGAACUUACCAACUGAUCUUCGACCCACGGGAAGCGGUGCCCUCUAUCUAUCCAUCGUCGGCAGAAACAAUACACCACUAUGGUCAGCACUGGCUGAGGGCGCUCAGCGUAACGCCUACAACAUCCAGAUGUUUGGCUAUUCUUCCCUGGACAUUGUCGAUGAGAAGUGUAUCAAAGCGACUGAAAACUAUCUGGGGCAGAUUUAUAGCGACUACUUUUUCAAGACAUUUGCGUAUGUGAGCAGCACCGGCGUGAAGUUUGUUUUUGUGACGGACACAAAAUCGCAGGGACUAACCGAUCCGGAGGUGCGGUUAUUGUUCAAGAGGCUGCACACGGCAUAUUGCCAAGCCAUCAGCAAUCCUUUCCAUCAAGCAAAAGCCCCGAUAAAGUCGAAAUUCCUGACGGAAGUGGCUGACCAAAUAUUCGCCCAA